AUGCAGUCAGAGCAGAAGAAUGGCGCAAGCAGAAAGAACACCGAGUUUCCUCCACUUGCCAGUGAGGGAAAAAACGUCAUGUUUCGGAUAUCUUCGGGUUUUAUUUUUUGCACUCUUUCAUAUAGCUCAGGCAAACAAACAAGGUUUGUAUUUUUAGUUGUCAUUUUUUUCGCUACAGUUAGCUAGCAAGUGUACUGUUGCUAGCUAGCUGGCUAGCUAGCAAGCUUAGCUACCUAGCCUGUGUGUUCAAGGCUAGAGCCAAGGUGUCCAGUGAUUGAGGAGGGUUUUCGGCUUGUAUUUGGACUAGCUAGUAAAUGACAUGGCUCAAUAGCUAAAUGUAAUACUUCAUUGCAUUAUGACCAAACUAGCUAGCUAAUAGAUUCACACAUUUCUAACUAGUCCAGUCGCUUCUUUAACGUCGGUAACGUUGUUAGCCAAGCUAGCUAAAGUGGCCCUUGAGAAUUCAAGCGGUAUCGUUAGCUAACUCAAUUGUUUUGCUAGCUAGCUCCAAUCAUGUUUCACUUAGUAUCCUGAAGUUAGCUAGCUAACGUUAGAAUGUUUUAUAUAUAUAUAUAUAUAUCGCUAGCCCCGAGUAACGUGUCUGCAACCUUCACGUAGCUAAUGUUAGUGCUUGUCACAGGAAAUAAGUGGUAUUUUUACUUUGUCAAGACCAACAUAAGUUCAAGUUCGUUUAUUUGUCAUAUACAUAACGUUACAAGCUAUACAUGAUAUACAUCACGAAGUACAGUGCAACGAAACGCUUACUCAUCAUAGGUGUGUUCAUUUAGCAGGUUAGCGUUUUUCUCAGCGCUUGUUAGCAAAGCAAACCUAUCUAGCUAGUUAUCCUAGUAACGUUAUGUUGCAUGCAGUCAGAAUAAAGGCCAUUCCUCACUAGGAUUCAACAACACAGUAGCUAGCUAGCUGGCUACGGUUGUUUGGGGGAAGCAUUCGUUUGCUAGUAAAACUUCCCUUAUUCAAUUAACUGUAGCUUAAAAAAAAAAAAAAAAAAAGUGGCCUAUGGCUAGGGUGAAAAGGGGAACUGUUUCCACCAGCCGUUUCAAUGUGUGAAGCAGUGGUGGGUUGAGUUUAAAUGCCACAGUUUAAAUGCUUCCUAUCUAAAAUAUGGCUGUUUCCUGCCUUGCUGAACAGAAUCAUGAAAUGUUUAAGGAAUGCACAGAAAAUUGUGACCUAUAUGCACACUUAACAUAUACCCUAUCAAUAGCAGAGACAUGGAUAUUUUUUUAUCUGUUUUCUGCUCUGUUUAUGGUUGUACCUUCAGUUUGGUUGUCAUGUCAACUGCCACUUCCUGCAGAAUGUAAUUAUGGGGGUCUUUAAUAACUGUUGAUAAAUUGUGUGUCCACAGCAUUCAUCCAAUCAGACACAAUCUUAGAGGUACUUCACUUUGGUGAGGGAGGCCACUUGCAGGUAAGACACUGUUUCCUUGCACUCCCCUCCUAGCGACCACACAUACAGGCACAUGGCCCUCCCUAUACAACAUGCACAGCUGAACACACUAUCAUGCUACUAUGUAGUUACUAAGUAAACACCAGGUGAAUAGUAGCCUGUGAAAUUAAGUAUGAUCGCUGUAAAAAAAAUUAAGAUGAGAUCAGUAUCUUCUUCUGAAAGCUAUAACUUUCACUUUCUCUGCUAUAUGACUAAUAUAAUCUGUAUUUUGACCAACGUAGUCUGUGGUUAGCCUUUAUCAGGUGUCCUUGGUCGUGUACUGUUCACUGUUUCAGACGAGACAAACGACAGACAGGACUUAUGUGAGAUGUGCCUGAAAAUACAUCAGUGGCAGUGCUACUACCCAGAUAUCACAGUUUACAAACAUGUCACUGUGACAGAGGCUAGCUAGCUCUGGUCGGCCCGGCGGGGUCAGCACAGCUUUGUAUCCACUGUCCAUCCCUCAUGUCGCUGCUCUGAAAGUCAAUCACCCCUCCUCUCUCCACCACUGUUCACCUGCCUUUGCUGAUUGGCCUUACCAGAGCAGUCGAGGGCUCAACUCAUUUAAACCCCCUGUGGAGUAUUUUCAUAGUAGAUAAACAUCCCCUCUUUAUUUAUGGUCAAAUAGGCCUAGCAUUGCAAUAGAGUUCAGGGAAUGGUAAAGAAACAACAGGUAGACUUCCCCCACUUCACAGGUUAAAUGGUCCUAGAUGACAGAAUAAAGACGGGUGUGAACAAGGGCAGUAGUUGUGAAAAUAGAAGUAGUGGAUAAACAUGGCCAAGGCCGGUUUGAUUGAAUCCGGUCCAUACUCUCAGAGAUGUUAAGCGCCUGCUGCUCAUCUGAUGGUUACCUAACAUGAAUUUACUUUGUUUUUCAGAUGGAGCCUGACCUUCACCUGGGUUCAUAUCAUCAAAAAAUGUAUGUUUUUUUGUUAUCUUUGAAUGCACCUGUUACUGUCUCUGUGAGAGAGCUAUAUUUGUUGUUGCAGGCCACAAUGACUGUAAACACUUCAUUCAUUAAACAGCCUUAAGUAUCACCAGUCAUACCUAGAUAGACUCCAAACGGGAGGGUAAACCCUGGCAUUAGAAUCACAACUCUACUCAGCUCAUCUAUGCCUGAGUUGUUAUGGUUUUAUGGCGGCUAGCCAAUUCCAUACUUAGUGGCUUGGCUUCGUUGUAGACCGAUCCUCCGCGUGCCACACCUUGUUCUCAUUUUCAUCAACAUAGUCAUGCUCUAGGAGGUGGGGCUGGCUGGCUGCUGGGAGGUGGGGUUGGUUGACUGGCUGCUGGGAGGUGGGGCUCGUUGGUUGGUUGACUGGCUGCUGGGAGGUGGGGCUCGUUGGUUGGCUGACUGGCUGCUGGGUUUCACUGGAGGUAGACUACAGGGGAGGGUGUGGGUCUGUGUGUGUCCUAGUCACUAUGGAGAGAGUGGAGGGAUGAUCAGACAAGUGUUUUCAGAAGGCUCAAUCAUAGCCCCCCUGCAUCAAGGCAGUGUUAGGAUCACAUCGGGAGGGGACUGGGUUUAUAUAGCAUGUGGACAGACCUUGUUAAAAGGGAGAAGUGGAUUCCACAAAGUCUCACCCUGUGAAAACGUUACCCAUUUUAGACCUUAGUUAUGAAGCUUGCAGCCAAACUAGGUGGCAGUUAGCUACACUUAACCUUGGGGGUAUUUUGAAGAACCAGUCUGAGACAUGUUAAUCCUCUUGAAUAAUCAGUGUGUGUGUGUCCUGCCUUGCGUUCCUCAGGCCAGGUUAACCGUCACCCUCAGCCAAUGAGGUUUCUCCAGAUCAGAGGCCUGUCUCUUCCCUUACGUAAACACACACAGGUGAACUAAACAGGCUUCCAGGGAUUGUUGGGCGUUCUGUGUGUUUCUGUGCUAGGGUCAUAAAGUAACUCAAUCUGCACAAUGCACUCCACACAGGCAGCACACGCCCAUCAGGCAGAAAUACCUGUGGCGUGACAUAAUAAGUCGGUCAGAUCACCAUGGGAACAACAUCAGAAAACUUGGAUGGGAUGAAAGGCCACAGUGCAGCAUGUCAUCGUGGCGAUUGUUGUCAAUAGCAGCAAGGUUUCCUUCCCAUGACAUUCUGUGUGCCCUGGCUCUAUUUUGGUGUAAAAAUAGCCAAAGCACAGGCCGUGGUUGGGAUAUUUGAGUGCUUCUCUCCAGGGCUUUAGUGGAGGGCUCCAGGGCUUUUCCUUCACAUGAAUCGAAUUGGUCUGAAAGUGUCUUGCUCUACUUUUUCUCUGUCCUUCAUCUGCUCUGAAACUAACAGAGACUAUUAUGGUGGAUGGGAUCAUGUGAGUUUCACAGAGGGAUCUCCUCUCAGUAUCACACACAGACAAGUGCUCCUCUCUCCCCUGCUCAGAGAGAGCCUUAGGUGAACAUCUGGGGUGUCUAGCAACGUGCUUGCCUCUAUUGCAGUGGUUCUCAGCUGGUUUUGCCUUGGGACCCAAAUUAAACCAGGUUGUCUCAGUCGUGACCCAAUAUUCGCAUCCUGGAUUAUUUGUAUUUUUUAAAACAGUUUUUAAUGCUAUAUUGAUAGUAAAUGUACCAAUUUAUAUGACAACGGAACAAAACGCAACAUUCAGCAAUUUCAAAUAUUUUACUGAGUUACAGUUCGAAUAAGGAAAUCAGUCAAUUGAAAUACAUUUAUUUGGCCCUCAUCUAUGGAUUUCACAUGACUGGGAAUGCAGUUGUGAGGCCGGUUGGACAUACUGCCAAAUUCUUUAAAACAACGUUGGAUGCUGCUUAUGGUAGAGAAAUUAACAUUCAAUUCUCUGGCAACAGCUCUGGUGGACAUUCCUGCAGUCAGCAUGCCAAUUGCAUGCUCCCUCAACUUGAGACAUCUGUGGCAUUGUGUUGUGUGACAAAACUGCACAUUUUAGAGUGGCCUUUUAUUGUCCCCAGCACAAGUUGUACCUGUGUAAUGAUCAUGCUGUUUAAUCAGCUUCUUGAUAUGCCACACCUGUCAGGUGGAUGGAUUAUUUUGGCAAACGAGAAAUGAUCACUAACAGGGAUGCACACAAUUUGAAAGAAAUAAGCUUUUUGUGCGUAUGGAACAUUUCUGGGAUCUUUUAUUUCAGCUCAUGAAACAUGGGACCAACACUUUACAUGUUGCGUUUUAUAUUUUUGUUCAGUGUAUUUCAUGCCUUCAACUAUGUAGGCCUAGAUCUAUUUUCAUAUGUAUUCAUUCUGAUAGACCCUAAUGGCAGCAGCUCAUAUCGACGAUGACAAUGGAGUCCCCUCACGCCUCCCUCUCUGACCACCUUUUGUCCUCUUAGUUGACUUGAUUCCUCUCCAUUGUUUGUGUAAACGUCCCUAAGGGAAAUUACGUUUAUCUCUCUUAUCUAGAAGUGUUGGGUUAAACCAGUGCUUAGAUUGGAGGAAGUUGGUAUAACUCAGUUGAAGGAAGUGAUGUCCCAAGUGGAUGAAAAUUAAUUGAAUUGAAAAAUGAAAUUGAAUGGCACUGAAUGGUCUCGCUGCAUAAAGUGAAUUGCUCGAAGAGCAUGGAAUUCAAUUGAGAGAUCAAUACAAAUGGAAAAGCAAGGUGGUGAAUAGAUUUUGUAGUGGACAUUUAUGCUGUUAGUUAUUGUAUGCCUGUGGCUUAAAGUCUGACUUGAUAAUGAAGGUCAAUGUCCAGACUCCAGGGCAGCAUGUGUGUAUGAGAAGGCAGGCGGUGCUCAGAAGAGCCUUAUGUUGUGGUGAUCUCGUAGGGCUGCAGGUUCCUGUUCUAUUACACCGGUGUGUCUAGUCUACGGUUUCUAACAGCUGAGAUGCCGUGUUUGCUCUUUGUCAUUAAUCUCUGAAGAUGGAUAUCUCACAUGGUUUAUCAAGACACACAAUGAUUAGGCUACUUCAGUACUUUUCCAGCUCUACAUAUUUUGCAAUGUUCUGCUUUGGCUAUUUAAAUCAGUUUCGAUUAAGUUGAAAGAGCCCUUAUGGUUUUUGGAACUGUAAAUGCAAGCCUGUCAAUUUUCCUUUCACUUUGACUUGAGGUUUCUGUCCACAAAACCAAGGACUGAUUGACCACAAAAGCAUGAAAUAACACAGCGACUUAUGUAUUUUCUCUCAAGACGACAAGUUGUGUUCAGCUUGUUAAUAGUAGUCAUUCAUUGUCAAGUCAGCAUCAUGUUAAGGUCAACUCAAUGGCCCUUCUAUCUGAGAUCUUGAUUAGAUUUAGUAACAUGUGGUUAAUCUGUUUCCCCCCCCCCCUCCAUUUUAUUAACCUUUCUCCUUUUAUUUUUGUCUUUCCAUUGCUUUGGCGUCAUGCCAGUUAUUAUAUAUAUUGCAGUAGGUGUCUAUUUCUGGCUAGCAGCCAGUAUCAUUAUGUUUCUUUUACAUUUCUCUACACUAUGCGGAAGAUUCAUUUUCUGGCCAGCAUUCAGCGGGUUUAAAGUUCUAUAGACAGUCUCUAUAAUAUGCAGAAGAGACUUUUGCGGUGUUCAGUUGCUUAGUUGGAACAGGAAAUGUCUUGUGGCUUUUUAGUCACGAUGCUAACAGACGAUGCAUCUGUUCCUUUUUAUAGGCUAAACUUCACACCUCUCCUCCACCCCCGGCGAACUAACACCUCCAAGCGCCCAUCUAUCUAUCUGCUGACAUUGCUUUAAAAAAACAUUGUCUACAUCCAGAAGUUGACGAAUGCACACCAUGCAGAAAGGCAAUAUCAUAAUAUUUGCAUUUUGAAACCUUCUCAAGAAUUUAGAGUGAUUGAUUGAUUGACCGUUAUAUGGCCCAUUAAACAAAGCAUGAUUUGUAUUCUGAAGCGAUAGGGGAAAACUACAGGGAAUCUACCUCUGUUUACAUUAUGAAUAAUAUGAUCUACAAUCAAUAUAGGCUAAACACCGUCUGUGUUGUUUGGCACCUGGAGAUGUAUGUUCAAACCCAGUUAUUAACGCUGCAAAAUGCAGGAGUGGAGGAGUCAUUCUGAUAGAGAUCUGGUUGGUUUUAGAGCUCCUCUGUAAACACACACACUACCUACCACACAUAGACAGAGGGGUGUGUAUGAUUUACCCAGCUGAAGGUCAAUCUCCCAUAGCUACAGUGAGGGGGAAAAAGUAUUUGAUCCCCUGCUGAUUUUGUACGUUUGCCCACUGACAAAGACAUGAUCAGUCUAUAAUUUUAAUGGUAGGUUUAUUUGAACAGUGAGAGACAGAAUAACAACAACAAAAAUCCAGAAAAACGCAUGUCAAAAAUGUUAUACAUUGAUUUGCAUUUGAAUGAGGGAAAUAAGUAUUUGACCCCUCUACAAAACAUGACUUAGUACUUGGUGGCAAAACCCUUGUUGGCAAUCACAGAGGUCAGACGUUUCUUGUGUGCAAACCUGGUGGCCAACUACAUCUCGGGAGGGAUUUUGUCCCACUCCUCUUUGCAGAUCUUCUCCCAGUCAUUAAGGUUUCGAGGCUGACGUUUGGCAACUCGAACCUUCAGCUCCCUUCACAGAUUUUCUAUGGGAUUAAGGUCUGGAGACUGGCUAGGCCAGUCCAGGACCUUAAUGUGCUUCUUCUUGAGCCACUCAGUUGUUGCCUUGGCUGUGUGUUUUGGGUCAUUGUCAUGCUGGAAUACCCAUCCACGACCCAUUUUCAAUGCCCUGGCUGAGGGAAGGAGGUUCUCACCCAAGAUUUGACGGUACAUGGCCCGUCCAUCGUCCCUUUGAUGCGGUGAAGUUGUCCUGUCCCCUUAGCUGAAAAACACCCCCAAAGCAUAAUGUUUCCACCUCCAUGUUUGACGGUGGGGAUGGUGUUCUUGGGGUCAUGGGCAGCAUUCCUCCUCCUCCAAACACGGCGAGUUGAGUUGAUGCCAAAGAGCUCGAUUUUGGUCUCAUCUGACCACAACACUUUCACCCAGUUCUCCUCUGAAUCAUUCAGAUGUUCAUUGGCAAACUUCAGACGGGCCUGUACAUGUGCUUUCUUGAGCAGGGGGACCUUGCGGGCGCUGCAGGAUUUCAGUCCUUCACGGCGUAGUGUGUUACCAAUUGUUUUCUUGUUGACUAUGGUCCCAGCUGCCUUGAGAUCAUUGACAAGAUCCCCCCGUGUAGUUCUGGGCUGAUUCCUCACCGUUCUCAUGAUCAUUGCAACUCCACGAGGUGAGAUCUUGCAUGGAGCCCCAGGCCGAGGGAGAUUGACAGUUCUUUUGUGUUUCUUCCAUUUGCGAAUAAUCGCACCAACUGUUGUCACCUUCUCACCAAGCUGUUUGGCGAUGGUCUUGUAGCCCAUUCCAGCCUUGUGUAGGUCUACAAUCUUGUCCCUGACAUCCUUGGAGAGCUCUUUGGUCUUGGCCAUGGUGGAGAGUUUGGAAUCUGAUUGAUUGCUUCUGUGGACAGGUGUCUUUUAUACAGGUAACAAGCUGAGAUUAGGAGCACUCCCUUUAAGAGUGUGCUCCUAAUCUCAGCUCAUUACCUGUAUAAAAGACACCUGGGAGCCAGAAAUCUUUCUGAUUGAGAGGGGGUCAAAUACUUAUUUCCCUCAUUUAAAAUGCAAAUCAAUUUAUAACAUUUUUGACAUGUGUCUUUCUGGAUUUUGUUGUUGUUAUUCUGUCUCUCACUGUUAAAAUAAACCUACCAUUAAAAUUAUAGACCGAUCAUUUCUUUGUCAGUGGGCAAAUGUACAAAAUCAGCAGGGGAUCAACUACUUUUUUCCCUCCCUGUAUGUUCAGAGCAUGUGCGGUUCUUUUCCACCUCGCUCUCUUAGAACACACACGACCACAGUAGUAGCACAACUAAGUUCUAAUGUACAACUAUGACUUCAUAGAAUUAAUUUGUAUUCCAAGUGUAGGCCUUGGAAUCCAAGGAAUAAUAAAACACAUUCCUUGUUGCACUCCUACUUCAUUUAGAAGCAAAUGCGUUCUUAACGAUGCAUAACAUUGGUCAUGAAUCCACAGUGACACCUUUUUAUGACUUGCUUGUGUGCUGUCGGCAAAUACGUGUUGUUCAGUGAAGUCAUACUGUCUGUGAUGUGUGCAGGGAGCGGUUUCCCGUUUGGUUGCCUUGUUUCUCAUGAAAAGAUCUUGUUUGUCUGACCUGAAUACACAUGCAAUUACACUCUGUUUAAUGCAUAAAUAUGACUUCAAUUUUCUUUGAUAAUAUGCAAAAACUAUUUUUAGGGGAAAUUACAAUAUGUAGUCAGUCAAAAUGAUAAAGGGGAAACAACCUUGCAGUACAUCACUUGUUUUUGCAAAGCAGGUUUGGCAGGUUUCCUGUCUUGUUUUGGCGGUUGCCCUGAGUUUUUACACGUUAACCUGAUUUGCGUUACACACACACACUUCUCUUGGAACACAAGCGUUAGGCAAUAGGAAGUAGGACUGCAUCCUUGUUUCCCCUCUGUUCCUCACUAUGGUUCCUCUCUUCUCUCCCACAGCUCACCCUUACAGAGAGGGAACAGCAGGCCCAUACGCUUUGAGCCGCCAAUGCUGGACUUCCAUGAACAGUGAGUUAACCUCUACCUACAGAUACACCUGCAGUUAGAGCGUUGGGCCAGUAACUGUAAAGGUAGCUAGUUCGAAUCCCCGAGCCAACAAGGUGACAAAUUGGUCAAUGUGCCCUUAAGCAAUGCACUUAACCCUAAUUGCUCCAGGGUUGCUGUUGAUAAUGGCAGACCCUGGCCGUGACCCCACUCUCCGAGGGUGUCUUGGGGGGGAGUUGGGAUAUGCAAAAAAAACCAUAACAAGCAUUUCGCUACACCCGCAAUAACUGCUAAAUAUGUGGAUGUGACCAAUACAAUGAUAUCUGAUAAUACAGACUUGUACAUGUGUGAAAUAGGACAAAUACAAACAACCACCUAAUUAUUACAUCAACUAUUCUGUUGAUUUGCUUCCUGACACUUUGUUGAGAUUACGUUCUGUGCAUCCCCCACUCAGAUCAUUUGACAACAUGGCAUUGAUACGUUUUAAACGUGCUCUUAUCUGCUGGGUGUUUCCACAGUUAAGAUAAGUGGACUUCUGGAACAUGAUCGUUUCCCUAGUUUUAUCAAGAUCUGAUAAGAGAGCGGCAAGGAAAUGGAAAUAAAAUAGAUUUUCUUUGAGACUCCUUUUGACCCCAUGAGGCCUAUGUGUUUCUGACCACUAUAUGUUUUUGCGACAGCUAUAUGUUUGUGCGACAGCUUUCACAACAAUAUUUCUCUUCCUGUUCCCAGGCCUGUUGGAAUGCCAAAAAUGGAGAAAGUUUAUUUGCACAAUCCUAGUGCAGAGGAAAUAAACUUGAUAUCUAUAUCAGCAACAACUGCACAUUUUCAUGCAUCAUUCUUUCAAAACAGGGUGAGUAGCUAAUAAGUAUAACCCUAUGGCUGUGUCCCAAUCCACAAGUAUGCAGCAUUUCAAGGCAGGACAUCAAAAUGCUGCCUUUGAAUUCUGUCUUAAAUGUCAGUUACCUACUGAGAAAAGUGCUACCUAUAAAGGUAUGUGCUUUUGUAGGCAGCAGGCAGGUAGGCAGCAAGCUGCCUUUUGGUUUGGGACACAGCCGAUAUCUCCUGUCUUGAGGAGUCUCCUCCUCUGCAGGCAUACGCGUGGCUCGUUCAAGGGCUGAAAGAAUAAGCCCCUGUGUUUGUCGGUGGACAGAGGCACAUUUAUCUGACCAUUCUGAUUCCCCUGCCUGUCAGUCUGACCAUGUGACCUGGCUGUUUGUUUGGGUAUUAUGUGCUGAUUUUCUACUUUUUGAAAAACAAGAGGCACGUGCUCAACUGUCAACAUGCCGCCAUCUUGGGCCUCUUAACUGAAUUGUAAAACUCUUGACAGCUCUGAACCCAGUGCACUCGUGAGCAGAGGAGACGGUGAAUGGCGUGACUGUGCUGCUCAGCAUGUUUGAGUCCUGAGACUAGAGCAGUAAAAUCGAAGUAAAAUAAGGAAGAAUGUGGACUGGAGCAAAAUGCACCCUCUUUCCACCUGGUCUUUAAACUCUGACAUUUUGUAUUGUUAAAACGAUUUGUUUAUGUCUGGCUGUCUCCCAGUAUCUUAUAAAACAAUAUGGCAUCAUGACAAGAAUCUUCGUUUUACUGCGUCAUCACAUUAAUUAAUUUAACAUGUUCAAUAAAUGUUCUCAAUCUUAAUUGGUUGGUUAUAUUGACAUUUCCAAAAGUAGCUCGACCUUUUGAUUCCAAUCUUUUCAUUGGAUAAUUUUCGUCUUCUUUCUCCACAGUUAAUUCAUCCGAUCCCUUCUCUUUGUUUCUCCCUGUAGAUAAUUCCACCAGGGGGGAAUACAUCGUUUGAUGUGGUCUUCCUCGCUCGAGUAGUAGGGAAUGUAGAGAAUACUUUAUUUAUUAACACCUCGCAUCAUGGAGUGUUUACAUAUCAGGUGUGUAUGAAUACAUAUGUUUACGUAAUAAUAUGUCAAUAUAUCUAUACUAAUAAUUAAUCAUGGAGUGUUUACAUAUCAGGUGUGUACGGAUACAUAUGUUUACGUAAUAAUAUGUCAUAUCUAUACUAAUAAUUAAUCAUGGAGUGUUUACAUAUCAGGUGUGUACGGAUACAUAUGUUUACGUAAUAAUAUGUCAAUAUAUCUAUACUAAUAAUUAAUCAUGGAGUGUUUACAUAUCAGGUGUGUACGGAUACAUAUGUUUACGUAAUAAUAUGUCAAUAUAUCUAUACUAAUAAUUCUGUAAUGUCUGUAUACUGGAGAUAUGUUCUGGACACUGUAUGUAAGGGUCCUUUAUGGGUUGCAUUUUCUGCUGUUUUUUUUCUCGUGCCUGCCACUUGAAAACCAGCACACAGUGUGAUCCUCUGGAUCUGAGUGCUCUAGAUCAGGUAGAUCCCUGCUGUAGAUCACGUAGAUCCCUGCUGUAAAUCCUGAGUGUAAUGUUGUGCUGUUGGUUGUCUUAUCCCCUGCAGGUGUUUGGUGUGGGUAUCCCCAACCCCUACAGGCUGCGGCCGUUCAUAGGGGCCCGAGUCCCAGUCAACAGCAGCUUCUCUCCACUCAUAAACAUCCACAACCCACAUAGUGAGCCACUGCAGGUAGUGGAGAUGUACUCUAGUGGAGGAGACCUGCACCUGGAGCUCCCCACAGGGCAGCAGGGAGGAACGCACCAUCUGUGGGUGUGUAUAGAUCAGGACAGUCAGGGUCUUUAUAUAUAAUCCAUCAGGAGAUUAGUAUCUUUUUUACUUUCAUGCAUAACAUAACUUCUACACAAUUGGGAUUGGAAUUGAGACAUUCCUGACCGGAGCUGAAUUUUAAAUGAGGCAACUACUUGACCCCUGAAUAAAAGAAAGGACUAAACUUGUAUUUUCUGUUCUUCCUUCCUGUGUGGUUCUCAGGAGAUUCCCCCGUUUGAGACGAAGGGGGUGAUGAGAGCCAGUUUCUCCUCUAGAGACGCAGACAACCACACAGCCUUCAUCAGAAUCAAAACAAACGCCUCCAACCAGGAUGAGUUCAUCAUUUUGCCUGUAGAAGUGGAGGUCACCUCAGGUACGUUUCCAAUAGCAACGCCUCACACCAUAUGUUUCCAAUAACAACGUUGUUUCCAAUAGCAACGCCUCACACCAUACGUUUCCAAUAACAACGUUGUUUCCUAUAGCAACGCCUCACCGUACAUUUCCAAUAGUAAACACCUCACACUUGUACACUUUUAGCUGUGACUGGCUGAUUGAGCCGUCUCCUGAUCCUGUGUAUCUUUGUCCUCAGCACCGGGAAUCUACUCCUCAAUAGAAAUGCUGGACUUUGGUACGCUACGCUCACAAGGUAUGCUGUGUUCACUUCACGUUUAUACCCUCAUUCUCGAAUGGGUCAGGCUUUCAUUAAAUAUUUUUGUGAUUUGGUCAUUUGAAAAUGGUACUUCGGUGAUUGAUUUGUUGUUUGUUGUAUAUUCUGUUGAAACGUUUCACAGAUCGACCAAAGCAGUUGAAUUUGCACCUUCUCAAUUCCGGUGCGAAAGAUGUGCAGAUAAUGAGUGUUCGAGCGACGCCGUCAAACGAUGCCGUCAUGAUAGACUUCAAGGCUGUCACGCUAAAAGCUGGAGAACAUAGAUACACCAAAGUCGCCAGUAUUAGUUUUGAUGGUAAGUGAGCUAUAUUGCUCACUACUCCCCAUACCUUCUGGAAUUUCUCCUGCAUAUUGCACCUCUGCCUUUUUGUUCCAACGUGUUUUGACACAAUUUUUUUAUAUUUUUAUUUCCAGCAUCGAAAGUUCAAAAAGCUUCCCAGUCCUCCGGUAAAAUAACAGUAAAAGCGAAAGAGAAAAGCUACUCCAAACUUGAAAUCCCAUACCUAGCUGAAGUUCUAGAAGGGUAUGUGUUUCUGUUUCUGUGACCAAUAACAAUGACAAGUAGUUUAUUUAAUCACUGAAAAUAAGUUAAUAGUUUUUUUUUUUUAACCUAAACAAAUCACCAUUACAAAAUGUCAGAACAAUUGAAACGUCUUCCCUAACUCUCCUCUCCAUCUCUGUGUGUCAGGUAUUUGGGGUUUGACCAUACGGUCACGUUGUUCCACAUCAGGGACAGUGUGCUAGAGCCAGUGGUCAAGCCCAUCCACCUCACCAACACUUUCCACUUUGCCAUCCGCAUCCAUGACGUGUCCCUUCCAGACGAAGCCAAGACCAUGUUCUUAGUAAGUUACUGUUAUGCACUGUACUGUGUUCCAGAGGCCUGUUGCUGUCGGGCAACUCAAUGCUUGCAGGCUUUUGUUCCAAUGCAGCUCAAACACAACAAACCUCAAUCAAUUACUAAUCACGGCUCUCAAGUCUUAAGAUAAGAAAUGGCUACUUUAUUGAUCCCUGGGGGGACUUUGGUUUGUCAAGUCUUAAACCUGUUGAACCGCUCUGUUGUCCUCUGAGUGUGUCCUAAUGCUGCAGCAUAUAUGAACGGUCCCCUGUGUUUUCCUCCUCAGGUGCAGAACUUCAGUGAGCCAGUGUUGAUCCCCCCUCAGGAGUCUCGCUACAUCUUCUCCCUCCACUUCCAGCCCGUCCGGCCAUCCAAUCACAUCGACAGCAACAUACUGCUGGUCACCAACGCCUCUAAGUUCCACCUCCCCGUCCGCGCCUACACUGGCUUCCUGGAGGUACUGCAACACACACACACACACACUGGGGAAAACGCAUACACACUGGGGAAAACACACACACACUGGGGAAAUAGUGUACACACACACACAUGAAAUCGAACACACAUACACACGAACACGCUCAAGCACAUUGGGGGAAACACCUGCAAAUGUAUAUUGUUAUGAAACCCGUAACUAGACCUUCACCUCUUGGUCGCCAGUCCAAGCAGAUUAUUAUUUGUUCAGAUGGUGACGAAACAUAAAUUCCAAACGGGCAAGCCUAAACUAAAGAUUCAAAAUCAAAAACGAAAGGCCAUGAACCAGCAGCCUCACGGCUUGUAAGAUGGGACGCUGACUGACGAUCACCUGAUGUGCUUAUCAACCAGGCUGAACAGGGUUCCUGCUGCCCCCUGGGGGAAUGGAGUGUGGAAGUGUAUCCUGUAUAGGGUGUUUGGGUAUGUCCUAACGCUAACCUUGCCCCUAUAUUAUAACAAUAUACUCACCUUUUUUCCUUCCCCUCUUCCCCCCUCCUCCCAACAGCCCUUUGUCCUGCCGCCCAGUCUGCAAGAGAACUUCCUGGACUUUGGUGUUCUCAGCGCUACAGACACCAGCAGCAUCCUGUUUGUGGUUGUCAACAGCAACCCCAUCGAGGUAGGCUCAACCUCUGCUCUGUAGAAAUCCCAUAAUAAAGCAGUACAGCUCUCUUUUUGAAUGCAUGUGUAACCAUGGGUAACUAUUGAAAUGCUUCACUAGAGGUAGCUGCCUAGUAUCUCUCCUUCACCUCAACCAAUUUGAAAACAGAUUUGAUUCGUGUGACGAAAAAAGAGACAAGGAGUAAUUUUAUCACUCUCUCACUCGUACAGCUGGUGAUCCGGCCGUGGCUGAUGACAGGAGAGAGUCUGAGUGUGGAGCUGUUGAAGAUAGAGAGAGGCAACAGAACCACGGUGCUGACCAAGAGCAGAGAGCUACACAACGCCUCAGCUUCUCCUCACAAAACGGUAACAGCAUCUCACCUACUACUGUCCCUGGGCUGGCUGAGUCUAACAGUACUUGAAGACAAUGGAGAUAAUUUAAGCCUGCUAUGAAAUAUUAUGAAAUGUUCCCCUCUUCUUUAAAAAACAACAACAUUUUAGUCAUUUAGCAGAUGCUGUUAUCCAGAGCGACUCAGUUAGUGCAUUCAUCUUAACAUAGCUAGGACAACCACAUAUAUACAGUGCUAUGUAAAAGUACUACUUUUGCAUAUUUGUGAUACUGAAUUAUCAGAUCUUCAACCAAAACCUAAUAUUAGAUAAAGGGAACAUAAGUGAACAAAUAACACAACAAUUACAUAUUUAUUUAAUUUAUUUCAUAAACAAAGUUAUGCAACACCCAAUUCCCCAGUGUGAAAAAGUAAUUGUCCCCUUACACUCAAUAACUGGUUGUGCCACCUUUAGCUGCAAUGACUCCAACCAAAUGCUUCCUGUAGUUGUUGAUCAGUCUCUCACGUCGCUGUGGAGGAAUUUUGGCCCACUCUUCCAUGCAGAACUGCUUUAACUCAGUGACGAGUGGGUUUUCAAGCAUGAACUGCUCGUUUCAAGUCCUGCCACAACAUCUCAAUUGGGAUUAGGUCUGGACUUUGACUAGGCCAUUCCAAAACUUCCAAUUUGUUGCUUUUUAGCAAUUUUCAUGUAGACUUGAUUGUGUGUUUUUGAUCAUUGUCUUGCUGCAUGACCCAGCUGCGCUUCAGCUUCAGCUCACAGAUGGAUGGUCUGACAUUCUCCUGUAGAAUUCUCUGAUACAGAGAAGAAUUCAUGGUUCCUUCUAUUAAGGCAAGUCGUCCAGGUCCUGAGGCAGCAAAGCAUCCCCAAACCAUCACACCAACACCACCACCAUGCUUGACCUUUGGUAUGAUGUUCUUACUGUGGAAUGCAGUGUUUGGUUUUACUUUUUCACACAGGGGAAUUUGGGUGUUGCAUAACUUUGUUUGAAAUAAAUAUGUAGUUGUUGUGUUAUUUGUCCACUUAUGUUCCCUUUAUCUAAUAUUAGGUUUUGGUUGAAGAUCUGAUAACAUUCAGUAUCACAAAUAUGCAAAAGUAGAGAGAAUUUCAAAGGGGGCAAAUACUUUUUCAUAGCACUGUAUGUGUGUGUGUAUAUGUAUAUACAUAUAUAUAUAUAUGUAUAUGUAUAUGUAUAUGUAUAUGUAUGUAUACAUAUAUGUUAAUCAUUAAUAUCUCUCUGUUAGUCUUCUCUUUCUCUCUCUAACUCCUCCUCUUCUGUACUCUAUCGCUCUUAUGCGCCUCUCUCUCGCGCUCUCUUCUCGCUCAUCUACCUCCUAUCUAUCUCUCUCUAUCUUCUUCUCUAUCCUCUCUUAUCUCUAUCAACACAUGAAGUCGAGUUUACAUACACUUAGUUGGAUAUUAAACUCGUUUCACAUCCACAAGUUUCUUGUACAAACAUCGUUUGGCAGUCGUUAGGACACUACUUUGCAUGACCAAGUAUUUCCAAAUGUUUACAGACAGUAUUUCACUUUUAGUCCUGUACACAAUUCACGAAGAAAUGAUGUCACUGAUCAUGGCUUUAGAAGCUUCUGAUAGGCUAAUUGACAUCAUUUGAGUCAAUUGGAGGUGUACCUGUGGAUGUAUUUCAAGGCCUACCUUGAAACUCAGUGCCUCUUUGCUUGACAUUAUGGGAAAAUCAAAAGAAAUCAGCCAAGACCUCAGAAAAAAUAUUGUAGACCUCCACAAGUCUGGUUCAUCCUUGGGAGCAAUUUCCAAACGCCUGAAGGUACCACGUUCAUCUGUACAAACAAUAGUACGCAAGUAUAAACACCAUGGGACCACGCAGCUAUCAUACCACUAAGGAAGGAGACGCGUUCUGUCUCCUAGAGAUGAAUGUACUUUGGUGCGAAAAGUGCAAAUCAAUCCCAGAACAACAGCAAAGGACCUUGUGAAGAUGCUGGAGGAAACAGGUACAAAAGCAUCUAUAUCCACAGUAAAACGAGUCCUAUAUCGACAUAACUUGAAAGGCUGCUCAGCAAGGAAGAAGCCACUGCUCCAAAACUGCCAUAAAAAAAGCCAGGCUACGGUUUGCAACUGCACAUGGGGACAACUGCACAUGGGGACAACUUUUUUGGAGAAAUGUCCUCUGGUCUGAUAUAAUAAAAAUAGAACUGUUUGGCCAUAAUGACCAUCGUUAUGUUUGGAGGAAAAAGGGGGUUGCUUGCAAGCCGAAGAACACCAUCCCAACCGUGAAGCACGGGGGUGGCAGCAUCAUGCUGUGGGGGUGCUUUGCUGCAGGAGGGUCUGGUGCACUUCACAAAAUAGAUGGCAUCAUGAGGAAGGAAUAUUAUGUGGAUAUAUUGAAGCAACAUCUCAAGACAUCAGUCAGGAAGCUUGUGGAAGGCUACCUGAAACGUUUGACCCAAGUUAAACAAUUUAAAGGCAAUGCUACCAAAUACUAAUUGAGUGUAUGUAAACUGCUGACCCACUGGGAAUGUGAUCAAAGAAAUAAAAGCUGAAAUAAAUAAUUCACUAUUAUUCUGACAUUUUCACAUUUUAAAAAUAAAGUAGUGAUCCUGACUGACCUAAUACAGGGAAUUUUUACUUGGAUUAAAUGUCAGGAAUUGUGAAAAACUGAGUUUAAAUGUAUUUGGCUAAGGUGUAUGUUAACUUCCGACUGUGUGUGUAUAUGUAUGUAUGUGGUGUUUGUGUGGUAUUAGUAUAAUGGCAACACGGACUUUCAACUCCCUCCAAAGAUUUUCUAUGGGGUUGAGAUCUGGAGACUGGCUAGGCCACUCCAGGACCUUGAAAUGCUUCUUACGAAGCCAGUCCUUCGUUGCCCGGGCGGUGUGUUUGGGAUCAUUGUCAUGCUGAAAGACCCAGCCACGUUUCAUCUUCAAUGCCCUUGCUGAUGGAAGGAGGUUUUCACUCAAUCUCACGAUACAUGGCCCCAUUCAUUCUUUCCUUUACACGGAUCAGUCGUCCUGGUCCCUUUGCAGAAAAACAGCCCCAAAGCAUGAUGUUUCCACCCCCAUGCUUCACAGUAGGUAUGGUGUUCUUUGGAUGCAACUCAGCAUUCUUUGUCCUCCAAACACGACGAGUUGAGUUUUUACUAAGAAGUUCUAUUUUGGUUUCAUCUGACCAUAUGACAUUCUCUGGAUCAUCCAAAUGCACUCUAGCAAACUUCAGACGGGCCUGGACAUGUACUGGCUUAAGCAGGGGGACACGUCUGGCACUGCAGGAUUUGAGUCCCUGGCGGCGUAGUGUGUUACUGAUGGUAGGCUUUGUUACUUUGGUCCCAGCUCUCUGCAGGUCAUUCACUAGGUCCCCCCGUGUGGUUCUGGGAUUUUUGCUCACUGUUCUUGUGAUCGUUUUGACCCUACGGGGUGAGAUCUUGCGUGGAGCCCCAGAUCGAGGGAGAUUAUCAGUGGUCUUGUAUGUCUUCCAUUUCCUAAUAAUUGCUCCCACAGUUGAUUUCUUCAAACCAAGCUGCUUACCUAUUGCAGAUUCAGUCUUCCCAGCCUGGUGCAGGUCUACAAUUUUGUUUCUGGUGUCCUUUGACAGCUCUUUGGUCUUGGCCAUAGUGGAGUUUGGAGUGUGACUGUUUGAGGUUGUGGACAGGUGUCUUUUAUACUGAUAACAAGUUCAAACAGGUGCCAUUAAUACAGGUAACGAGUGGAGGACAGAGGAGCCUCUUAAAGAAGAAGUUACAGGUCUGUGAGAGCCAAGGUAUAUAUAUAUAUAUAUAUAUAUAUAUAUAAACAAAUUAUUUUAGCAGACGCUCUUAUCCAGAGCGACUUACAGGAACAAUUGGGGUUAAGUGCAUUGCUCAGGGGCACAUCGACAGAUUUUUCACCUAGUCGGGGAAAUCGAACCAGCAACCUUUCGGUUACUUGCCCAACCUCUUAACCACCACUAGGCCACCUGCCAACCCUACAUAUCCAUAGCUAUCAGCAAAGCCAGAGCUAGUAAAUUGUCUUUGUCUUGAGUCCUUAGUAGUGAGUACACUCAUGAUCCUGUACAGAUGGAGUAGAAAGGAGGUGUGUGUAUAGAUAACAGCAGAAUGCUUUAUUCAUCUGCUAGGUAACACCAAUAAAGUGGCCUUGUGUCUGUGAGCAGCAGGUAAAGUAGAUGGAAAUCAGGAGGCUGACUGACAGCUGUUGUUGUUCCACCUGCAGGUGAUCCUAGCCUCGGGCUACUACGCUGCCUUCCGGGUCACCCUGGUGGCGAAAGACCUGGAGGGGGCCUACGACGGAGCUAUCCACAUCACAACAGACUACCAGGUAUACCUGUCAGCUGGCCCACUGGCCCGUUGAAGUGCUACUGUCACUAAGUCAUGCUAUUUGAGUUGCUCGUGGCUAAGGCAACUAUAUACGUAUUUUACUUUUGUGAAGUUCAAUUUGGCCAGGGCUCACUUGAAAUGGAUUUACAUCUCAAUGUGACUUCUCUGGUUAAAUAAAGGACACACACAAAAAUAAAAUCAAUACAUAAAAUGCAUUCAUUUGUUCAUUGUUGUGAUGUUCAAGAAUUGUCAUUGAUUUUCAUUCUCUUCUGUAAACAGAUAUUAACGAUACCAGUGAAAGCAGUCGUUGCAGUGGGCACGUUGACCAGCUAUCCCAAACACAUUGUCCUCCCGCCGUCUUUUCCGGUUAGACGAACAAUACUUUACUGUUCAUAGAUAUUGCUAUAUUGUUUUGAGUGUUUCAAACAUUUUGUAUUUUGCCUCUCUAAUAUUCAACAUGUGCACAAGUAACCCCUGUUCUCCGUGUGUUCUGUCCCUCCCAGGGUAAAGUGGUGCAGCAGAGUCUAAGCAUGGUGAGCUCGUUCUCUCAGAAGGUGACACUGCAGCAGAUCCACUCUCUGACUGAGGACUCACGUUUCUACUACAGGAGACUGAAGAACAACCGGGACGAGCUGGAACCCAAACGCAAGUCAAAGGUCGCCAAGAUUUAUUUUGACGCCAGCUUGCAGUGUGGCGACCACUGUUAUGUGGGAGUACCGUUUGUUCUGAAAUGUGAGUGUUUCUGGUUAUUGGGGUUAGUUUGCGGCUACACUUACCGAACUUCUGCUUUGCUGAAACAUCUUGAUCUUCUUUCAGCUGAGAGCAGACCGCCUGGGCUCUCAAUGCAGGAGGAUAUGUGGGACGCGGACGUAGAUUUGUAUCAAAUGCUCCGUCGGAGAUGGAAAGAGCUGAAGGAGAGUUCAGGACACAUGGCGGAGGCGGUGUUUGAGGCCAACGCUGACCUCCAGAAGAAUAUUGAGACCAGAGUGUCUGCUCAGCUGAAGUGGCCUUCUAUCAUUAACUCCUCCCGGCAGGUCCUGUUCCCUCUCACCAGCCUCACCAGCUCCUCGGUGAGGCAGAUUCAUUAACAUCUAUUCUAUGGGAAGAUCUCAAUUGCGUACUCCUCAUCUCCUUCUCAAAACCCAUUGGAUGAGAAAACCAGAAACCCUCCUCCAAUGGGUUUUGAGAAGGAUGUGAGGAGUAUGCAAUUGAGAUCUUUCCUAUGUCUAGCUUAGAAUUCUAGAUUGUCAGGCCAAGGGGAGGUUCCCAGACCAUGUGACCAGAACAACUCUAAACUAAGUGCUAUAACUAGAGCCAAGAGUUUUCCUGGUCAAGUCACACCGUCAAGAACAACUCGGGGUCCUAUACAUGCUACUGUAUUGAGCCUUCUGUUCUAACCAGCUGUCUUCUGUUGUCAGGAGGUAGAGGUAGUCUUGGAGAACCCAGCUGACGUCCCUGUAUAUGUCCAAGUCCUGCCGUUAGCCCUCUAUCCCAACCUCCCGGCCGUCACCGACAAACUAGCACAAAUGUGAGUAGCCUUCAGUAUGCACCUGUAGUUUGCUAAUAAUCAUUGUGUCUGUCACCCCUUUGGCAAGAUGUUUCAUGUCACACUGAUGGGGUUUCUCGACCGUAGAGUUAGAAUGAAUGGAAAAUCAUUCUAGAAGUAAUUCUAUGGUCUUAACUCCAUUAUCUCUUCACGCCAGGUUUCCCCUGGAGAGGCUCCCACACUUCACCCCCGACACAAUGGAGUUCCAGGUACACAGAAACCACGUGAGUUUACUUUGACUUCACUUUCCUAUCUUUUAUUCCUGUGUGGUGCGAGUUGAUCAGACACAAUCAUUUUGCAAUGACCGUUUGAGACUUGACUCUUUCUCCUUCCCCUUUGCAGACGCCCGUGGUCAGAGGCAGCGCAGGCUUCGCCGAGGGCUCGACGACACAACCCUACGUUUACAACCUAAUUCUGCAGCCAGAGGAAGUGAGGUCGCUACGUUUGAAAUUCUCCCCUGUCAGCAACCACACCGUCACCUCUCUGCUUAUUCUCAGGCAUGUUAACCCUAAAGCCUGUAGGACUUCACCAAAUGUCCACUUACAUAAGUCUCUGGCUGCGUCCCAAAUGGCACCCUGGUCCCUAUAUAGUGCACUACUUUUGACCAGGGCCUAUGGGGUUGUGGUCAAAAGUAGUGCACUAUAUAGGGGAUAGUGUGUCAUUUUGAGGGAGGGGGGGGGGUGAAGUUCCGGCAAGCUCUGAUGUUGCCUCUUAAAAUCAGCAGCUGUUAGAGGCAGGGUGGUGAUUUGAGAGACGUUCAGCUAUGAAUAUCUCUAUUGGACUGAGGAGGACGGGCAGAGGAGGGAUAUAGUCUCCCAGGUGCACUAGUAGCUACAGGGUUACAGAGAGAAGUCAGCAGUCAGAACAUUAUCUCUUUUACAGGCUUUGUCUGAGAGAUGUGGAGGUCUCCUCACUCAAGUUCAUUUGACGACUUGGCGAUAUUGGUGUUUGUAUGCAAUGAAUUGCAUUUUGAAUCGUAGCAGUUUGUGUGAAAUAAAAUAUAAACUGCUGUUUAUUGUGCUAAUGAUUUGUAUUUAACCUUUUGUUUACUGUGUGUGUCUACAGGAACAACCUGACGGUGGUAGAGAUCCUGGUGGUGCAGGGUCAGGGCAGCUAUGAGAGGCUGAAGGUAGGGGGCAAGGCCCCGGGUCCAGGGGGGUUCCUCAGGUUCAAGAUGACUGAGUCUCUACUGAAGGACUGCACAGACAGUGAGUGGUCUACAAUCCAGUUUGUUAUAGAUGCCCUGCAUGCACAGACAGUGAGUGGUCUACAAUCCAGUCUGUUAUAGAUGCCCUGCAUGCACAGACAGGAAACCACUACUUAUAGGCGGUUUGAACUCCGAGAAUAGUCUUGAAGAGCCCUUUUGAUAGUUUUUUAAUUAAGCUUGAGUGUAAAUUAUACAUUUGAUCUCUAGUUAGGAUUGGGCCCUGGACACACAACCCUCUGCAGUUAAAAAUGGAAAUGAAAGAGGAAGUUGUCUAAGGUAUGUGACUUAACCGUGUGAACCUUGUUUCAGAAAUUAAGUUGAAGGAGCCGAACUUCACUCUGAGAAAAUCCUUUAAGUUAGAGAACACUGGACAGCUGGAAAUGAACAUUCAAUCCACUGAAAUAAACGGACGUCUCUGUGAGGGAUUUGGCUUUAAAGUCCUUAAUUGUCAAGAGUUUCCACUAAAACCCAAUGCUUCAAAAGAAAUCGUCAUAUUGUAAGUAAACCUAUAGAUAAAUAUCAUCAGAAUUGUUUUGUGCUCUCUUUGUUUAAUCAUUACUACCUCCAAUGACCGACUGAAAUGACCAACGUUGAUGCAUCUCUGCAUCUCACUCAGGUUCACGCCAGACUUCACAGCGUCCAGGGUGAUCCGGGAGUUAAAGUUCAUCACCACCGGAGGCUCUUACUUUGUGUUCUCCCUCAACGCCUCUCUGCCCUACCACAUGCUGGCUUCCUGUGCUGCUGUCCUCCCCAGACCCAACUGGGAGCUGGAGCUCUACAUCAUCAUCUCUGUCAUCAUGAGGUGAGAGGAGGAGCCUCACAAAUACACAUUCUAAUUCUAUGGGCGGAACCCCACCUAGACCGUGUUUCCCCUAGAUUAGUUCAGCGGCCCCGAACUCCGUAUCCAGAACUAGGCUCAUAGGUUGCACCCCGUAUAUCAUGAAUUAUCUUGGCACAAAUCAUACCAGCCUUUCUACAUGUAUUUUUAACAUUUAUUUAGCUACAUUUCUGGGACUGUUAUUUCCCAAGUAUCUAAGGCUGUAAAGAUAACUAACGUUGCCUUUAUCUGUUGUCCCCAGCUCUAUGUUUCUGCUGGUGAUUGUAGCAGCUUAUCUGGAGGCCCUGGGGAUCUGGGAGCCGUUCAAGAGACGCAUGUGUUUCGAAACAUCCAGCACCUCCAUGGAGACAGGGAGGCCCUUUGACCUCAGGGAAAUAGUACGACUUCAAAGCGAUGCACAGUGAGUUUGUUUUCUGAAUGUACGGUUUUUGUGUAAACUUUGUCUGAUAUGUUGACGUUAGCAUCAGAAAUGGUUUGAUGAGUAGAUCAGAGAUGUUUAGUAUGUAAAUAUUAUAUAACUAUUAACUUGUCAGUAUUUUGUCUCCCAGUAUGAAUGGCUAUGGUGGAGAAGCCAACAACAACUCCCUGCGAGGGAUGCCAGCCUCUGCCUCCAGGGCUGCUAGCAGGAACACCAGAGGAGGCCACAACCGAGGCCCCACACAACCCCCUAUCCCCCCCUCCCAGCCAGGCUCCAAAGUCUCCGACGGCACCUCCUCCUCUGGCCAACAGACCAGCCGCAAGGCCCGGAGCCCCAAGCAGCCCCAGCCGGCUCCUCCAGAGAACCAGCAGCACCCCUCACAGGCUGGUCCUUCAGCCCCAGGAAGAGGUCCCCUAGAUGGGCCACGCCGGCACAGCUCGGAGGACUCUGACUAUGUAAGCUUGGUGGAGACUAUGGAUAAAGACCUGGACCGACCAGAGUCUGCUGAGGAGGGGGGAAAUCAGGAUGCAGUUCAGGGCAAAGGUACCUACCUGGAUAUUAGUAUUAACCCUGAGAAACAUAUGCUUUUGUGUUGAGAAUUAGGAUGGCCCUUAAAAUGCGAUUACCUGCUAAUUUAACAAUUUACUGUGAUUCAGGGGUACGCCGUACGAACACUCCUGUUAUUGAUGGGGAUUUUAUUCAGUUCACACAGUAUACACCGUGAUAUGAAUCUGAAUCCGUCUCAUCUACUUCCCUCCUUCCAGCCAGUGCAGCCAAAGGGAAAGUGCAGCAGGCCAAAGCCAAAGCCCAGAAGAAGAAGGAAGAGAGGGAGAGGAGGAACAAGGGAAGGGCUCAGGGAGGAGAGGAACUGAGGGAGGACAACGAUGACAGCUCCUCCACCACCACAGAGAACUCCAACCCAGACAUAGUAGAGGACAACAAAAGGAGGAAGAAAGAUGAAACUCCUGAAGCUUACUGCAAAUCUAAGAACAAGAAGCCAGCAGCCAUUACAAAGGAGAAGAGCCAAACGGAUGCAAAGUCUAGGUGGGUUUUGGUUUGGUUCCUCUUUGGUUAUUCCGGCUUGUACACGUUUCUCUCAAUUCAAAUUCUGACAUGCUCCGCUCUUAAUACGUUUUGUAGCCCAGGAGUAAUCUGACAUGCGUGAAAAAGAGGGCCAGCACUCACAAAUAAAGCAUUCCUUUUAUUUUGUAUUAUUCAGACGUGAUUGAGGUUCCAGACAUUGACCACUUUAUUCCAUGUUGUUUUUCCACAGCUCCCUGGAGCUUCCAUACGUCACCCCACUGGAAAACAAGCGCAAGAGCUUCAAUUCCAAGAACAUGGUGGCGGUGCAGCAGGCCCUGGCCAGCAGCUCAACAACAACAAUCACGCCAAGACCCAUACCUCCUAAACCAAGAGGUCAGUUACCUUUCCAGCUAACUGAACUUUGACCUUUUGUUUUCUCACGUUGACAUGGCAAAAGUUUUCUCUUGUUUGGAUUCUACCUGCCUUUUUUCUGUUGACUUGGGACAUACCUCUUCAGCACUGUGUGGGUUUAUGUCAGGUUAUGUUUAAGUAUAGUAAGUGACCCUCUAUGCCCUUUCAUUCCCCUUCUCAUACCCCAGUGCCUCGUGGGAAGCUGGAAGACUUCCGCCCCACUCUCCUGGCUAAGUUCCUGUCCAACGGCCCGGUGGUGCAGGAGCUGGGGAACAGCAGCGGCUCAGAGGGGGAGAAGGACAUCUCUCCUCCCCCAGAGUGGGACUGUGUACCCCUCCACAUAGCACACAAUGGUGAGUUACCCACUGCACUACCAACACCCCCUCAUACCUGCUCCAGACCUGUUUCUUGACACCUUCUUGCAUAUUAAUACUGGUUUUACAAUAACUCUUUUAACUCCCUGAAUCAAGCAUGUAUCAAUCCAAUCUUUCAAAUAAGUGUUGUGAUAAAGGCAGCCAUAUGACAUGCAUCUACCCAUUUCUUCUCAGCUGUGGACAGUCUCCAACAGAUCUCCCUGCAGACCAUGAACGCUGAUCCCUUCCUGAAGAGACCCAUCGGAACCCCUCCCCCUCCCUCGUCUGAUCCCUUCCUGAAGAGAUCCGUCGGAACCCCUCCCCCUCCCUCGUCUGAUCCCUUCCUAAAGAGACCCAUCGGAACCCCUCCCCCUCCCUCGUCUGAUCCCUUCCUGAAGAGACCCAUUGGAACCCCUCCCCCUCCCUCGUCUGGCUUCUCUCUGUGUGACUCCUAUAGCGGCAUGGUCAACACUGCUACCAGGUAAACAGACCUACAACAGCAACAACAACAACAGUCUUACAUAGCUCUAACAUCUUAAACUGAUCUAGAAGUCAUACAACUAACUGUGUAGUUACCUGUGCCAGAGUGACAUGAAACAUACACAACCUAAUGGGUAAUGAAAAGAAGAAUGCAAAAAGAAUAACCCCAGAAUAUAUAUUGAGCAAAAUAAUCAUUUCUAAAUACCAAAGUCUUCAUUGUUUCUGUGUGUUUUCCAGCGAGGUGGGUCUGAUGUCUGCUGCCCCAGGCAGUAAGAACAAGCUGACCAAGUCGGUCUCUGUACCUGGUCAGAACGGGAACCCUACCUUCGCUGCUGUGGCGGCUGGAUUCGACAAGAGCCCAGGUUGGUCAGAUAUCCUGUCUCUGACCACUUCUACCUUCAUGCCCCUUCACCCUACACCCUAUCCCCUACACCCUCAGCAUCUGUGUAGACUUGAGAUUAUUGGAUGCGUCUAAGCAAUAUGGCCAUAUAGCCUGUCAAAAUCAAAUCAAAUUAAAUUACAUUUGUCACAUGCUUUGUAAACAGCAGGUGUGGACUAACAGUGAAAUGCUAACUUACGGGACCUUCUCCAUAAUGCAGAGAGAAAUAAAAUAGAGAAAUAAUAGAAACAUAAAACACGUUAUAAUAAAGUAAUAAUAAAUUGAGUAACAAUAACGUGGCUAAUACACGGGGUACCAGUACCUAGUCCAUGUGCAGGGGUACAAGGUAAUUGAGGUAGGUAUGUACAUAUAACUAGGAAUAAAGUGACAGAUAACAAAUGAUAGCAGCAGUGUAUGUGAUGAGUCAAAACGUUAGUGCAAAAAGGGUAAAUGCAGAUAGUCCGGGUAGCUAUUUGACUAACUAACUAUUUAGCAGUCUUAUUGCUUGGGGGUAGAAAGGUCCUGUUGGUUCCAGACUUGGUGCAUCGGUACCGCUUGCUGUGUGGUAGUAGGAAGAACAGUCUAAGACCUCAGUGGAUGGAGUCUUUGACAAUUUUUCUCUGAUACCGCAUGGUAUAGAGGUCCUGGAUGGCAGGGAGCUCGGUCCCAGUGAUGUACUGGGCCUUACGCACAACCCUCUGUAGCGCCUUGCGGUCGGAUGCCAAGCAGUUGCCAUACCAAGCGGUGAGGCAGCCAGUCAAUAUGCUCUCAAUGGUGCAGCUGUAUAACUUUUUGAGGAUCUGAGGGCCCAUGCCAAAGCUUUUCAGCCUCCUGAGGGGGAAGAGGCACUAUCGUGCCCUCGUCACGUUGGUGUGUGUGGACCAUGAUCGAUCCCCCGUGUUGAGGAUCAGCGUGGCGGAUGUGUUGCCUACCCUCACCACCUGGGGGCGACCCGUCAGUAAGUCCAGGAUCCAGUAAGAGAGGGAGGUGUUCAGUCCCAGGGUCCUUAGCUUAGUAAUGAGCUUGGAAGGCAUUAACACUGAGCUGUAGUCAAUUAACAGCAUUCUCACAUAGGUGUUACUUUUGUCCAGGUGGGAAAGGGCAGUGUUGAUGCAAAAGAGAUUGCGUCAUCUGUGGAUCUGUUCGGGUGGUAUUGAAUUGGAGUAGCUCCAGGGUAUCUGGGAUGAUUGUGUUAAUGUGAGCCUUUCAAAUAAUUUCAUGGCUACAGAUAUGAGUGCUACAGGGCGAUAUUCAUUUAGGCAGGUUACCUUGGCGCUCUUGGGCACAGGGACUAUGGUGGUCUGCUUGAAACAUGUAGGUAUUACAGACUGGGUCAGGGAGAGGUUGAAAAUGUCAGUGAAGACAUUUGCCAGCUGGUCAGUGCAUGCUCUGAGUACGCGUCAUGGUAAUCUGUCUGAAACCAUGAAUUUAGACAUGUUUAAAGGUCUUACUCACAUUAGCUACGGAGAGCAUGAUCACACAGUCGUUCGGAACAGCUGCUGCUCUCAUGCAUGGUUUAGUGUUGCUUCCCUCGACGCGAGCAUAGAAGGCAUUUAGCUCGUCUGGUAGGCUCGCGUCAUUGGGCAGCUUGCGGCUGGGUUCCCCUUUGUAAUCCGUGAUAGUUUGCAAGCCCUGCCACAUCUGACGAGCGUCAGAGCCGGUUGUAGUAGGAUUCAAUUAUUUGAUGGUUAGUCAGAGAGUGUAGUAGGAUUUCUUAUAAGCGUCCGGAUUAGUGUCCAGCUCCUUGAAAGCGGCAGCUCUAGCCUUUAACUCAGUGCGGAUGUUGCCUGUAAUCCAUGGCUUCUGGCUGGGAUAUUGUACGUACGGUCACUGUGGGGAUGACGUCGUCGAUGCAAUUUUUAAUGAAGCCGUUGACUGAUGUGUUAAAGUCCUCAAUACCAUCGGAUGAAUCCAGGAACAUAUUCCAGUCUGUGCUAGCAAAACAGUCCUGUAGCUUAGUAUCCACUUCAUCUGACCUCUUCCGUGUUAAGCGCGUCACUGGCACUUCUUGUUAGAGUUUUUGCUUGUAAACAGGAAUCAAGAGGAUAGAGUUAUGGUCAGAUUUGCCAAAUGGAGGCAGAGGAGAGCUUUGUAUGUGUUUCUGUAUGUGGAGUAAAGGUGAUCUAGAGUUUUUUUCCGCUUCUAGUUGCACAGGUGACAUGCUGGUAGAAAUUAGGUAAGACUGAUUUAAGUUUCCCUGCAUUAAAAGUACCAGCCACUAGGAGCGCCGCUUCUGGAUGAGCAUUUUCUUGUUUGCUUACGGCCUUAUACAGCUUGUUGAGUGCGGUCUUAGUGCCAGCAUCGGUUUGUGGUGGUAAAUAGACAGCUGCGAAAAUAUAGAUAAACUCUCUUAGUAAAUAGUAUGGUCUACAGCUUAUCAUGAGACGAGCAGAACCUCAACUUCCUUAAAGGGUUACUUUGGGAUUUUAGCAAUGAGGCCCUUUUAUCUAGUUCCCCAGAGUCAGAUGAAUUCGUGGACACCAUUUUUAUGUCUCUGCAAGCCUUUUAGUAGAUACCCAUAAACUUCCAGUCAUUGUGAUAACACUAGUUAGCAUUGGCUCGCAAAACUACGUCUAACUUCUGUCAUUUUCCGUUAGGAAAAUGUGGCGUGGGACAUUUGACCGGCAACAUUUUUUAUUUACCGGACAUUUGAGAAAUGUAUUGGACCUAUAUGCAUUGGGUGCAUAACCUGAUUAGGGCGUCCACCCACGGUGCUCAGAAUGACAGAAAUCACAUUCUGAUUAUGGUAAUUCAUAUUAACAGAACAUGCAUGUCGAGGAUGCAACGAUUUGCAGUCUUACCGAGUUCUGAUAUGCACUUUGAAGAUGUUAGAAUAACUGUCCACAUUGAACUUUUCCUCAGCCAACAAGACAAGUAACGAACAGCAAAAUCACUAGCCUAUUUCAAUCUACUAUCCCCCAUAGUAGAAAGGUUUACCUAUUCUAUUGGUCAGCUUGUUGAGAAAGAAAUGGCCUAUUCCAAACAGACCCUGGGACAGUUGUGGGACAAUAGAUCCCAAAUUCAUACAACCAGUAGGCAUAAAAAUAAAUAAUUAAAAAGGAUGAGUCUGAUGCAACAGAUCAGAACGGUUACCUUAAAAUGUUGAUAAACUAUUGUUUCUUCACAUUAUAAACACAGCAAUGAGCACAAGGCAGUAGUCUACGUGUGAAGGUUCGUUCCAUAAUGCAAUUAGCAGGAAAACGCUGUUGUCAAAAGGGCAGCGAACAUGCGAGCGGUUUCAUGUGACCGAGAUAAAAUGUAGAAAGAAAAGAGAUCUAAUAGGCUACUUUGAAGCAAGGUAAGACAUGCCUCAGAUGUAUUAAAACAUUCAGGUUUCAAACAAUUAAAUAUGUUUUCAAAAUGCAUACUGCCUUCAGCUCAUUGUUGCUAAGGGGAAUGUGACGCGCUGAUGAAGCCUGCCUUCCGUUGCAGUUUGAGAUGCAGCAGCUCUCGCGCUGUCUGACCACUCAAGGACUCUGUAGCUGUCCAAUAGGACAGAUCAGAUCCAUAAUGAGGAUACUGUACGCACACGGCAAUUGAAUUCCACUAAAUUAUGCAAAUUACCUAUAGACCGAUAAGCAUGACCAGUCAAAUGUAUUUAGGCUAAAAAGCAUUAUUUCGCAAUGGUAUUUUUUCUUCUUGGCACCACUUUUAUUUAUCAGCUUUUCAAAAAAAAUUAUAGGCCAAAAGUCUGCUAUUACCGGCUAAUGGAAACCCUGACAUAGACAUAAAAAUGGGAUCCACGACUUCAUCUGACUCUGGGGAAGUAGAUAAAGGGCCUCCUUUCCAAAAUCCCCAAGUAUCCCUUUAAUAUUAAUAUUAGAGAUCGCGCACCAGCUGUUGUUAACAAAGAGACACGCAGCUCCAAGGUGGAGUUCUUACCAUAUCUCUUCUACCUAUCCAAUCCUUUCACCUCUACACAAGUGUCCAGGGGGAAGGGGUUGAUAUGGGAGUCAAUGUGUCCACUCCUGUAUCAGUUGUGCUAACCUGCUGCUGUUCUCUCCUCCGACCACCAGGUUGCAGCAGCAGUGCAGGGAAGGCGGCUGUGGGGAGCAGAGACAGAGAUGUCCUCCAACACCUCUCCUCUGUAGAGAGUGAUGGAUCAGACAGCUCGGGGUUGUGGAGCCCUGUAAGGAACGGCAGGAGACCCAGCCUCAGCUCUGUCAACUCCUUCUCAGCCUUCGGACCCAGCAACACCUUCAACCUGUCUGGAGGUAAGCAGUCAGAAAAGCAGCCAGAAUAGCUUGUGAAAUGCAUGAAUAUGUCUAAUCGGGACACAAUAGCACCUGCACUCUGUACACUCUCUUGAGCAUCUUCAGAGCGUCUUUCGAGAUAAGAUCGCAUGGAAUAAUGUGUUGUGAUCUGUUUCAUGGUGUAGGGCCCGGAGUCUUUCAUGGACAUGUGACUUGUCCAGGAAAACAAGGACAUAGACAAGGCUGUUUUAAAUGAACUACACUGAGUGUACAAAAAAAUUACAAACUUUCCAUGACAUAGACUGAUCAGGUGAAUCCAGGUGAAAGCUAUUAUGUCAGUGUAGCUGAAGGGGAGGUGAAAGGUUAAAGAAGGAUUUUUAAGCCUUGAGACAAUUGCGACAUGAAUUGUGUAGUGUGCCAUUCAGAGGGUGAAUGGGCAAGACAAAAUAUUUACAGUGCCUUCAGAAAGUAUUCCCACUUUUUUUAUUUUUAUUUAUUUUUUACAGCCUGAAUUUAAAAUGGAUUAAAUAUAGAUUUUUUGCCUCUGGCCUACACACAAUUCCCCAUAAAGUCAAAGUGGAAUUCUGUUUUUAGAUUUAAAGAAAAUAUAUUAUAAUAAAAAAUGAAAAGCUGAAAUGUAUUAAGUCACAUAAUAAGUUGCAUGGACUCACUCUGUGUGCAAUAAUAGUGUGUAACAUUUUUUAAUGACUACCUCAGCUCUGUACCGCACACAAUUAUCUGUAAGGUCCCUCAGUCGAGCAGUGAAUUUCAAACCCAGAUUCAACCACAAAGACCAGGGAGGUUUUCCAAUGCCUCACAAAGAAGGGCAGAAGGGUAGAUGAAAAGCAGACAGUGAAUAUCCCUUUGAGCCUGGUGAAGUUAUUCAUUACACUUUGGAUGGUGUAUCAAUACACCCAGUCACUACAAAGAGACAGGCAUCCUUCUUAACUCAGUUGCCGAAGUGGAAGUAAACCACUCAGGGAAUUCACCAUGACGCCAAUGGUGACUUAAAUCUGCUUGAAAAUCUAUCACAAGACUUGAAAAUGGUUUUCUAGCAAUUAUCAACAACCAAUUUGACAGAGCUUGAAGAAUGUUGAAAAGAAUAAUGGUAAAAUAUUGUACAAUUCAGGUGUGCAAAGCUCUUAGAGACUUAACCAGAAAGACUCACAGCUGUAAUUGCUGCCAAAGGUGAUUCUAACAUGUAUUGACUCACUGGUGUGAAUACGUAUGCAUUCAUACCCCUGAAUGUAAAUUCAUUUUCAGUAUAUUUGCAAACAUUUCUAAAAACAUUGUCAUUAUGGGGUAUUGUGUGUAGAUGGGUGAGAAAGAAAAUCUAUUUAAUCCAUUUUGAAUUCAGGCUGUAACACAACAAGAUGUGGAAUAAGUCUAGGGGUAUGAAUACUUUCUGAAGGCACUAAGUGCCUUUUGAACAGGGUAUGGGAGAGUGUGUCAAGAACUGCAACGAUGCUGCAUUUUUCACGCUCAACCGUUUCCCGUGUGUAUCAAGAAUGGUCCACCACCCAAAGGACAUCCAGCCAACUUGAUACAACUGUGGGAAGCAUCGGAUUCAACAUGGGCCAGCAUCCCUGUGGAACGCUUUCGACCCCAUGUAGUCCAUGCCCCGACAAAUUAAGACUAUUCCGAGGGCAAAAGGGGAUGCAACUCAAUAUUAGGAAUGUAUUCCAAAUGUUUUGUACACUCACUGUAUAUGGAAACCAGUUGACGUUUGACUGUGCUGUGUAGUGUUCAGUGGGAUGACCUCGGGGAGGAGUGCUAUGGAGCCACAGCAGAGUUGGCCUGAGUUCAGACAUGCCACCCCGUCCGUCUGGCCAAGCGAGACCCUGCAGCCUCUACAGCCCUGGUCGAUCCAGCCCAGCUCCAGCUCCCCUGCCACCCCCACCACGGUGAGUCCUCUUUCACUGCUCCAUUACUUCGUCUCUCCUGACACCUUACAGUAUUCCCCAUGUAGUGCACUACUUUUGACCAGAGCCACAUAGAUUGCACUACUUUUGCAUCCCUAUGUGGAAUGCUGUAGGAUGGCUGUCAAGAGAGACGCAGGCUAUUUCACAGGUGAAACGGGGUGUGAUGUGGGACGUAUACAUGGGCUCCAGAAAUGUCUUCAGUGUUGGAGUCACGCUCUUCAUUUUUAGUUAAAGGCCCAGUACAAUCAAAAAUGUGAUUGUCCUGUAUUUAUUAUAUAUAUAUAUUUCCACACUGAGGUUGGAAUAAUACUGUGAAAUUGUGAAAAUGAUGCUAAUGCCCUUUUUUUUUGUCUAAGAGCUGUUUGAAAAGAAUGCCUGACAUUUCAGCCUGUUUUGGUAGGAGGGAGUUUUGGCCUUCCAUGGUGACAUCGCCAUGCGGUAAAUUAGUUAAUAGACCAAUAGGAAAGAGAGUUCCAAACCUCUCUGCCAAUAACAGCUAAUUUUAAGUUUUCCCCUCCCCACUCAGACCACUCUGACAGUUGCUAAGAAGAUAUUUUGUUUAUUUUAGACCAUUUUUAAUUGAAAACAAUCACCGUAUGUUUAAUUGUUACCCAGAAAUUAUUUGAUAUUGAGACAAAAAUGGCUGCAUUGGACCUUUUUAAUGCCUGUUCCACAAAGUCCCUAACCAUCAGCCUCUCUCUCUCUCUCUAUAUCCAGUCCAUCCUGGGCAGCAGUAGCCUGUGGGGCUCCAGCCCUCCAUUCAGCCCCUCCAUCUGGUCCACCAGCGCCCCGUCUGACUCCCCCCUACACUCCUUCUCUCCUCCCUCUGCCUCCCCCCUGACCGAUAUGAUGGGUAGCACAGACAGUGGAACCACGCUCCCGGCCCAAACAAAGCCCUCCCCCACGCAGCUGAGCCCCUCCUACAACCCCUGGAGCAUGUGGAGGCCCACCUUCAGUAGACGAAGCUCGGAGCCCUGGCCCAACCAAUCAGACAGCAGCACCGGCUGA